UUUUGGUUUUGAAACUCUUAUGUAGAAGAUGGGUUCUCUCACGCCGGGUUGGGAUUCACUGGUUUCUGAUCCUAAAGCAGUGAAGUACAAGAGAAAUAAGUCAUUAACAAAGGAGGAAAUAAAUUCUUAUUGGAGAUCAAAGAAAGAGCAGAAGGACAAGAAGGAAAUGGAGAAGGAAGAGGAUAAUCACUACCACCCAAGCUCAAGCUCAUCAGGGCAACUACUCAACGAAAUCCAGGAGGGUAUUGUUGUUGACCCAGCAGAUAGUCAAACCAGUCUGGAUAAAUUGACCCAGACACAUGGCUGGUGGGUAAAGAGCAAUUGGGCACAUCUAAACGAGCCACCACCACCCGAGGAGGCGGUUCACCGGUGUGUUUCUCAGUUUCAUGUGCCGAACAAGGCUUCUGCUGCUACCUCCGACAGCAGCUCAUCAAAUCAUCUUCAUGCGAGAAUCAGCUCGUGAACGGUGCUGGCUUGUACGUCAUGCCCCGGCCACCAUGUAUUGGAUGUUUUUUUUUGUUCUUUGCAGUCACACUUCGUAAUAUAUAUAUAUAUAUAUAUAUAUAUAUAUAUAUAUAUAUAUGUAAUGUUGCUAUUUGUAAUAAGGUUUACUUUUGAAUAAGUUAAGUUUUUUUUUGAAAUAGGUUAAGUUUUUUUGAAUAAGUUAAGUUAGUGUAUGCCAAAAUAAAGAAAACCGUUGCUGGAAUUGCUGCCUCAGCGUGAUCCACUCCUACUUAGUUUUCUUUGUAUAAAAAAACGUUCUAUUUAACAAACUACUCCUACCUUAUAAAGAAAAGGUAGUCCUUCCUUUAAACUUGGUUUUAACCGAUUAAUCUGAGGUUGAUUUUUAUAUUGGGAAUGUCAAUGGAAAUUUUAUAUUUGAAUGUUAUUUAUCCCUUU